AUGUGCCAGACAAUGUUUCCGGCUGGAAUCAUAUUCAUCGUGCUGGUGGAAUUCUGUGAGCGGCUUUGUUAUUAUACCUUCGCUGGCACUCAGAAAACGUGGUUGCAAGAUCGCGGCUACAGCAAUUCACAAUCCAGCUCGAUCAAUCUCAUCUGGGCUGAGGUGUGUUAUGUGUGCUGCUUCGUGGGAGGCUGGCUUGCAUCAACGCGCUUUGGGAUUUUCCGGACGAUCGCCAUCCUGUCCCUGGCUUACGCGGUUGGCACUUAUCUCAGCGCGGCGGCGGCCCUGCCUAACGUGGAAAGCGUUCCCUUCUACCUGGUGGGGACUUUCGGACUGGUGGCCCUGGGUUCCGGCGGCAUCAAGCCCAACGUAUGCACCAUGGGCGCCAAUCAGUUUGAUCCAUCGGACCCGGAUGCGGAGGAGAAACGAGCAUCCUUUUUCUUGUACUUCUACCUCACCAUCAACGUGGGAAGUGCAAUCUCCCACGCCUUCCUGUCUAGUUGGGCGACCUCGGGUGUGCCAAGCAUCGGGGUUGAGAUCGAGUACGGCUACUUUUUCGCCUGGAUGGUUGCUGCAAGCUUCAUGUUUUUGGCCUUCCUUGUUUUCGUAGCCGGCUACCGCAGCUAUCGCAAGCUGCCGCCAGCCGUGGAUGAAGAACCUGUCGUGCGCCUUUUCGUGCAAGCUCUGAAGCAGGGAAGUAGUUUUGCAAGUGGGAAGCUUGCAAUUCUGGGAUGGACCCUCAUUCCACUGUUUAUUCUGGUGAGCAUUGUGAAUGCCUUUGCAGAGUCUCCGACGCUCAAGAUUGUUUCUGCAGUAGUGGCCGUGGUGUGCAUUGGAUCCCUGGUCAUAGCACACCUCAACAACAAAGCCUUUCUUCCAAAGGGUGACGUCAGCGACUGCCUGGACUGUGUGCCGCUGCUGCUGGUGGGCAACCUCUUCUUUGGCAUCCUUCAAAGCACUAUUGCCAGCGUCUUCCAGUCCCAGGCAUGCCAGAUGGAUACCCGGCGGGACCGCUCCGACCUCUCCUAUGAGGGUUUUCAGUACAGUGGCGACUUCUUCCGCUUGGCGAACCCAGUGACGAUCGUCAUCGGAACUCCACUCCUGGACCGGGUCAUCUACCCUUUCAUCAAGCAAGUCAUCGGCAAGGAGGUCAGCAUUGGAUGCAAGGUCGUCUCUGGAUUCAGCUUUGCCAUCGGUGCGCAGCUCGUGGCGGCUUCGAUCGAGUAUGCCCGCAAGGGCGCGGCCGUGCUUCCGGUGCCUUCACACUGUGCCCCGAAGGUGGACGGCGAGCAUGUGCACAUGAGUGACAUCAACUCCUUCUACAUGGUGGCCCCAUAUGCCAUGGCGCAACGGCAGAGAGUUGGCAGACUUUCCAACCCCUAA